AUUUGAAUUAUGUAAGAACUCUUGGCUUAAAAAUAUGCUGAAUUAUCUUAAAAUGUAUUAGAUAAUGUCGAAUUCGCUUAGGCAGGUACUAUUAAAUCUAUUAUGUAGAGGAAUUAUAUAAAGAAUUGUUAAAGAAUUUGAAUGAAGAUGUUUCCAUCGAUCAAAUAAAACAAUUAGGAAAUUAAUUGGUAUAUUGUAGAUUUACUAUUUUAGCUUGACUAUUAAUUAUAACUAUUAUAGGAUGAAUUUAUUUAAAGGAGGAGAGCAAAGGAAGAAACAUAGGAUAAAGAAUAAUUAUUACAUAAAGAAUAUCCACAAUUAUAAGAUAAAUUAUUAAAAUUAAAAUAAAAUUGCCAAGAGAUAGAUUAAAGUGCAAAAAAAAUAAAUGAGACACUUAAAAAAUUACCAGAAAUAGAAGAAGCUAAUAGAAAAUAAAUGAAAGACAAAUUUUAUGUUGAUGUAAAAGAAGUUAAAGAUAAAAUUUAAUAAGAAGAAUUAGAAGCUUAAUAAUUUGCUAAAGAAAAUUUAAAGUAAAUGUAUUUUCAAUAUUAUAGAAUUCGUGAAGAAAUGUAAGCAUUAAUUGCACAAUAUGAAUAAAAAGAAAAGGAAUUUUGGGAAAAAGUUAAAUAAAAUGAAGAAGAAUAAAAAAAUGAUACUAAAAAAUAUAUGGAACAAUUUGAAAAAAUGUAAGGUGAUGCUUAAAAGGCUAUGCAAGAAAAAUAAUUAAUUUAAGAUGCAUAAAAGUAGUUAAAUGACAAGAAAAUGAAAUUAUAAGUAUACAAAGGAAAAUAAAAUGAAUUCAUUGAGACUUUUGAAAAAUCUACAAGUACCUUUUAAAAUUUAACUGUUGAAUUUUUAAAAUUAGCCUUUAAGGUUAAGGAGGAUGAAGAAAAACAAAACCUUAAUCAACAAAGAGCUGAUAAAGCUAAUUUAUUAUCACUAGAAAUAGCAUAAAAAGUAUUUUUUCUUAUUAUAUAUUAAAGAAUGUGGAUUUAAAAUCGUAAAUUGAAAUUAUUGAAAAAGAAAAAGAUAAAUUAAGAGCUGAAAUCUUAGAACUUAAUAAUCAAAAAAAACUUAAAAGUUUAAAUUAAUAAAAGAGUAAUGGUGAAAAUUGAUUUAUUUUGGGC